ACAGGAGGUGGACUUUCAGACCAGCGAGAGAGGCCGGCGGGAGGUGCCGGGGGAAGUUCAGACCAGAAAGCGCGUUACGGGAAAGGUGAAAUGAACCUUUGGAAGCCCAUCGGGGAAAGAAUUCAUGACCAAAGGACCAAGAGAGCUGCAUGAUUGUUGGCUCCCGGCCCGCUAACGUGCAGAAAUGGGCCAGACCUCGGUCUCCACGCUGUCUGAGCAACGUUCUAGUGUUGAUGGGCUGGAUAAAGCUUCCAUUGCAAACUCAGAUGGACCCACUACAGGUUCCCAGACACCUCCUUUCAAGAGAAAGGGUAAAUUCUCUUCUAUAGGCAAGAUCUUUAAACCUUGGAAAUGGAGAAAAAAGAAGACCAGUGACAAAUUUAGAGAGACCUCAGCAGUGUUAGAAAGGAAGAUAUCCACAAGACAAAGUAGAGAGGAGCUGAUAAGAAGGGGAGUGCUUAAGGAAUUGCCUGAUCAAGAUGGAGAUGUAACUGUAAACUUUGAAAAUUCAAACGGGCACAUGAUCCCCAUCGGAGAGGAGGCCACUCAAGAGGAAAAUGUAGUAAAGUCUGAAGAAGGUAAUGGCUCUUUGUCUGAAAAAGCAACAACUGUGGAAGAAAAAGCAGAAGAUAAGAAAGCUAGUUCCUCUCACUUGAAAAAAACAACUGUAUCCAAGUCAUCCUCUUCACCAUCAACUUCUACCACCUCAUCUCGUUGCAAAGCUUCCAAGGAGCCAACUUCCAGCAAAACAGCUGCAGCAGGGACUUCCCGGGGCAAGAAGAAAGCAGGCAAACAGUCAUCCUCCCGCCCACCUCCAGAGAGAGCUGUUUCUGCCACAUCCAACCUCAAGGGAGAGCCUUUAGAAAGCAGGGUAGACAAUCUGAAGUCAGAGGAGCCUCCCCUCCUUUCAGAAGAGCAGAAUACAGACCUACAGAAUAAGUCAGCAGUCCCUCCUCCACCUGUAGCACCACCUCCUCCUCCACCAGCUUCUCCUCUUCCUCCGGAAAAUCAGUGCAUGAAUGCAUCUGAUAUUCCCGCUGUCACACUUAGCAAUGGGGCUGGCCUACCCGUCUCUGCCUUAGACUCGAGUCAUCUUAAGACAGAAGAGUUGACAGACAGAACCACUCUUCCUUCAGAUCCCAGCUUGGGUGUUAACAGAGAGAACACAAAAUGGAAUCUGAGGCAUGGAGGCGCUACAAAAUUUGUCCAUGGUCACACUGGUCUUGUAGAAACAGACUUAGAAACCAAGUCUUCUGAAUCUCUCAGCAGCACAGAGGUUGAGUCAAAGAGGAGAACCAAGCUAGAUGAUUCUGAUUCAGAUGGGCCUAUUCUGUACACUGAUGAUGAUGACGACGACGAGGAUGAAGAUGACAGUGGUGAAAGUGCUUUGGCAAGUAAAAUACGUCGCAGGGACACUCUUGCCAUCAAACUUGGCAACAGACCAUCUAAGAAAGAACUGGAAGACAAGAACAUCUUGCAGAGAACCUCUGAAGAGGGAGAGGCAGGAAAUUAGACACAGAUUGGAACAAAGCUUGUCAGGCGAUUAAGCCAGAGGCCAACGAGUGAAGAGCUAGAGCAAAGAAAUAUCCUAAAACAAAAAAACGAAGAAGAAGAACAAGAAGCAAAAAUGGAACUGAAACGCAGACUCAGCAGAAAGCUCAGUUUGAGACCAACAGUGGCAGAGCUACAAGCGAGAAGAAUUCUGCGGUUUAAUGAGUACGUUGAGGUCACUGAUUCUCCUGACUACGACCGCCGAGCAGACAAACCCUCCAGACUAACACCUGCAGAUAAGGCAGCAAUAAGGAAAGAGUUAAAUGAAUUUAAAAGUACAGAAAUGGAAGUCCAUGAAGAGAGUCGACAGUUUACAAGGUAG